UCAGCCACUUAAUUGAUGCCACGUGUCACAUCCUUGAUACUCUCCUCCCCACUUGUGUUUUUCCUACAGGUAUCCCUCAUCCUUGCAACUAAUGCUCACUCACUCUCAUACAUAGCUAAAGACAGUAUAACUGAGAUUGGUAUUGGGAGAGAAAGAGAGGAAGUGAUGCUGAAGGAAGAGAGCGGCGGCAGCGGCAGCGGCGGCGUCGUUAACAAUUGGGCACGCGUAUGUGACACGUGCCGUGCAGCAGCUUGCACUGUUUACUGCCGGGCUGAUUCGGCAUACCUAUGUGCCGGUUGUGAUGCCCGUGUGCAUGCUGCAAAUCGUGUCGCAUCGCGCCAUGAGCGCGUGCGGGUGUGCGAGGCGUGUGAGCGCGCCCCGGCUGCCUUGUUAUGCAAAGCAGAUGCGGCAUCUCUGUGUACUGCCUGUGAUGCAGAUAUUCACUCUGCAAACCCACUAGCACGCCGCCACCAGCGCGUCCCAAUUCUGCCCAUUUCCGGCUACCUUUACGGUACCCAAGUAGGGCCUGCAGCUGGUGAGACUGAAGAUCAGUUCAUGACGCAAGAGGGAGAAGAGACUAUUGGUGAGGAGGAUGAGGAUGAGGCUGCUUCAUGGCUGUUGCUAAAUCCUGCGAAGAACAGCAACAACCAGAAUAAUAAUGGCUUCUUGUUUGGUGGGGAGGUUGAUGAGUAUUUGGAUAUUGUUGAGUACAACUCAUGUGCUGAGAAUCAAUAUUCUGAUCAGUAUAAUCAGCAGCACUACAGUGUUCCUCCAAAGAGUUGUGGGGGUGACAGUGUUGUGCCGAUUCAGUAUGGAGAAGGAAAGGAUCAUCAACAACAACAGCAACAACAGUAUCACAAUUUUCAGUUGGGAUUGGAGUAUGAGCCCGCUAAAGCUGCUUACAGCUACGACGGUUCAGUCAGUCAAGGUGUCUCCAUGUCAUCCAUGGAUGUUGGAGUGGUGCCAGAAUCAGCAAUGAGCGAGAUCUCAAUCUCGCACCAAAGUGCUCCAAGAGGGACAAUCGACCUUUUCUCCAGCCCUCCUAUCCAGAUGCCAUCUCAACUUAGUCCGAUGGAAAGGGAGGCAAGAGUCCUAAGAUACAGAGAGAAAAAGAAGGCAAGGAAGUUUGAGAAGACUAUCAGGUAUGCCUCUAGGAAGGCCUAUGCAGAGACCAGACCCCGGAUAAAAGGCCGAUUUGCAAAGAGAACAGAUGUAGAUGUCGAAGUGGACCAGAUGUUCUCGUCAACACUAAUGGCAGAAACAGCAUAUGGCAUUGUCCCAUCAUUCUGAAUCCAGUGUAUAGGACAAAGAAAAAAAAUAUCUCCUUAGACGGGGCUUGUAUUAGUUAUUGCUAAAGAUGUCGUACUGAUACUCUGUUUCUAAAUCUAAUUGGUCUUGAUCAAUGAGACAUGCCCUUAGUAGUUUUGCUAAAUACAGUAAAGCUGCUGCUAUUUUGUAAA